AUGACAUCAUGGAUAGGGCAACCAGCAAUACUGCUUCUUCUGACUCAACUGCUCAUGACAGGUAGCCUAAAUGUGGCAGGCUACGUGUAUACGGGGCCAGGCAACCAGCAAGGCGGCAGGCGCCCUCUGCCUCGGGGGAGUCCUAGCAUUGCCAAGAAGCGCCGGGUAGCGUGUGUGUUUCAGACGGAGUUUGAUUGGUGCUAUCUUGUAGACGACCGCACCCGCUGCCCCUUUGAGACUUACGGUCCGGAGGAGUUCGCGGGGUUGGUGGCAAGCAGCGCCGCGCCCAGUUACAUCAGGAAUUUGUGGCGCAUCUUCACGGCCGCCAGCGGCGGACAGUUUGUGGUGGGGCGGCGUGACGAUGCGGCGACGCGGAUCCUCUUCAAUGAUGCGGACUCUCUGAUUUGCUUCCUGCGACUCCAAAACGAUAGCGCGCCACUGACAGGAGCAGCGACGCUGCCGCUGUCGGCGCGCGCCGCCGCCAACGGCGGCGGUGGCGGCGGCGGCGGCGGCGGCCCCCUUGUGGUGUCAGCAACACUGGACCCCGUGAUGAACGUCUGUGUCUUUGCUGACGCCGACGCCGCCACCCGCGGCGACUACAACUUCGGAUCCUGGAUGGCCGCCGCCCUGACGCUACGGCUCAACGCUGAGCUGUCGGCGGCGCGAAAGGCGCUGGGCUCGCAGGAGAUGUACGGCGACUUGCAGGCGACACUGGUAACGCGCACAGGGCCACUGACCGACCUGCCGUGCGGGUGCCGUACAGUGGCGGAAUAUUUGAAUGCAGCGGAUGCGGUGGUUUCGGGGCCUAGCGACCUUCCAUCCCCCGGGGAGGGGUUCCUGGCGGAACACUGCCUGCAGCGGGUCUCUUUGGCUGUCGCAGCGGAGUACCACGCCGGCGUGUGCGGCCAACGCGGCAGCCGUACGGCGUCUUUCCUCUGCAAACCUGCUGCUCCGAAGUAUGACGAUGAUAUCUCCAGCCCGCCGACAACGGCGGCGCUGCCGCCGCCGCCGCCAGCUGUACCGCCGCCGCCGCUGGCCACCUGCCAUCAGGCCUGCUACCCUGAUCAAGCCGCCGCCACCGGCUGCAUCUUUAAAUUCUACACAGCAGCCCAGUGGGGCAGCCUUAGCGCGUCUUCACCCGCUUCGGCGGUGCUCGACAACUCCUGGCCUUGGUUGACCCGCAAUGGGCCCUUCUACUUAGGCGCCGGCGGUGAAGACAGGACAGGGCCUUCGUUCGAGUUCGCGGACCGCCGCGCGCUGCAGUGCUUCAUCCGUACACAACUGACAGCGACGCCGCCGGACGCCGCGUACGGCCUGCCGCUAGGACACUCCAUACCCGUAGCGUCGCCGGGCACCUGGUCAUCAUCGAUAGCGGGCGCCUUGCCAUCGUCAGCGGCGACGGGUUCGGGGAUGACAGCCGGCUGCACGUUCGCGUUCAAUGUCUCAUCUUACGGCCCGUGGGUCGCUCACAUUCUAGCUCUGAAGCUGAACGUGCUACUGCAGCCGGUGCUGUCGCCGGGGUCGUCGACAGCCGCAGCGCCGAAGCUCGGCGAUUUUGUGUUUUCGCAGUACGGCGGUACGGCAUGUGCCUGCCUGAGCGUGAACGAGGUACUACGGCGGGCUGAGGCCGCCAUCACAGGAUGGAGGUUGCCAGGGAUGCCGAAGCUGGGGCUUAAUGGCCCGAUCUGGUUGUACGGCGAUUGUGCGAAGGCCGCCGCAUCUCAGUACGCCAACGGGGCGUGCAAUUGGGAGGAUCCCUGUCCUGUACGACAGCUGUACGACACAGCCAGCAUGGCUGACGUCACACCGACCAGCGAGGCGGCGGCAGUGCUGUCCGCAUUUUGGCUGUACAUCCUAGAGGAGUUAUUCCCUGCGGAUCUGGUGUUCGUACUCGGAUCGCCGACUGGCUCCGGAACCGAGCGUCAUAUAGAGUUUCCCUCGGCGACUUCCCUGCAGUGUUUCGUCCGGAUGCAACUGAACCGCAGUGACGUCCUACUGCCGUACGGCGGACCGGCCGAGCCGUCGCCUGCGGUCCCGAUAGUCAGGCCGCUUCGGACGGUGCUUCCAUUCGACGCGGAAGUCGACGCUAGCGUCGGCCGCUGCGUGCUGGCCGCAACGUGGAUGCAGGAACUGUACUACGGGCCGUACAUGGCUGACGUACUUGCGCUAAAAGUCAACGUGGCGCUGUCGCGUGUGCGCGCCGGCGGCGGCGGCGGAAGCGGAAGCGAAAGCGGUAGCAACUAUGGCCGUAAGCCGGCGGGGAGAUUUAAGCUGAAUGUUGCGCGUUUCGGUAACGGCUGGCAACCCGGCGACGGCGGUGUGGAUACGGCCCCAUGCUGGUGCCGUACGGUUUCGGAGGUUCUGGCCUGGGCAGACAAUUUUGUGGGAGGCGAGCCCAACUCAACACUAAUGGAUGCGCUCACGGCCGGCGCCUGUGCUGCCGCGCUUAUGAAAGUGUACGGCACCCGUACAUGUAGUACGACUCCGGGGCCUGGGCUGCUGUGCGCCGACGACUGGGAGCUGGCGGCGCCACUUUACCCUUUUGACAGCGGCGUCGCCGCCGCCAUCGAACCCUCAUAUCGGCCAUCCCAACGUUCCAACGCAUCAGUCGCUGCCUCCGUCGGCGCUUCCCGUUACGCUGUCCCGGCCUGUCGUACGGCUCGUCCCGUCGUAUUCUCCCUUCCCAGCGGCCCAACCUCCGUCACAUCCCCAAUCGCCCGGAAGCCGACCGCCGCCGACUUACCCACCAUCGAAAUCAAGAUAACAGGGCGGGCAAGCUAA